CGUCCUGGACGACGACGGAGGCGAAGCAGCGGAGUUUGUACUUGACGAAACUGCCCUCUUCUUCUCCAAUUAACGACCCCUCCCCGGCAUUCUCUUAUGGGUUGGCGGUCGGCAGAGAGUUGCAGAGAGGAAUUGGCUCUGCCCAACACCUUUUUCCCGGACGUGGGCUUUUCAACUCUUUGCUGAAACCCAUUUCUUCUCUUUCCUGGAGGAGCAAAAACAGGGCGUGGUGGUGCCCUAAAAAAUCCCAGGGUCUGUCUCUCUCGCUGGCUUGUGAGGGAUGUUAAGGGCGAGGAUGCCGAGGGAGAUGAGGUUCGUCCUAGGGUGGAUGCUCGGCUUCGCCUUCCUUUUGACGCCUAUCAAGGUUUCGUCUGCCUCCGUGUGCCCCUCGAUCUCGGCCAUUGAUAUGGUGGUGUUGGGGUUGACGUAUUCGUGCUUGCCGGCGGAUUCCGAGUUCCGUCCAGCGUAUGGCGGUGAUGGUCGGAAUGUCAUGGAGUUGGAUGAGGUCUCCCUGCAGCGGGCAUUAAAUCUAAUCCACAGAAAUAGUGACAAUUAUGUUGCUAUGUUCUUUCAUGCAUCCUGGUGUCCUUUCUCGAAGACAAGCAUGCCUGUGUUUGUCAUUCUCUCUUCCUUGUUCCCCACUAUCCACCAUAUUGCAGUUGAAGAAUCUGCUGUUAGGCCAAGUCUGCUGUCGAAGUAUGGGGUUCAUGGAUUCCCUACCCUUUUCUUGCAAAAUUCCACAACCCGGCUGCGCUACCGUGGGUCCAGGACUUUCAGCUCAGUGUUAGCUUUUUAUGUGGAUGUCACAGGCAUCAAACCAUCAUCUCCAGAAUUAUCACCAGAGAAAGUGAAGGACUUGUUGAACCUGACAAAGGCGGUUAAGGAUGCUGAGACAGAAUAUUGUCCAUUUUCAUGGGCAAAGUCUCCUGAAAAAUUGCUUCAGCAGGAAACCUACCUAGCAUUGGCUAUUUCGUUUCUGGCCCUGAGGCUCCUUUAUUUCCUUCUCCCAAGACUGCUUGCAGGGACAAAAUGCUUUUGGGAAAGGUACGUGCAAGGCAGGGGUGUUGCGAUCCUCUGGGAAAGGCUUCUAGCUUAUCGGGAACAAGCAGUUUACAUCUUCAGUUACAUGUUAUGUAUUCCAAGGCUCUGCAAAGGGAGCAACUUACAGGGUGGGGCAAUGAACGCAAGGGCAUGGGCUUCAAAAUCUUUGGCUUGUGUCCAUAGGUGAAGGUACAUUUAGUAGAACUUCUCUGGUGAAUUAGAUCCAGUACCGGAGCCACUAAAUGGUUUUUGCUAUACAAGCCUGUACAGCCUUCUUUUUCCUUCCAAUAUUGGCGGGUAAGCAAGGAAAAUGUAUGUGGAUUUUGACAUGGCCAGAAGAGUCGGCAACUCGAUGCAGCGCUCUGACCCAUCACUUGUUUUCUAGAGGUUACCUGAUUCAGUUGGGAUUAGCUGUUUGUGUUAUAUUACUCGCUGCCCAGCCUUGUUUCCCAUAAUUGUUCUAUUAGAUUACUCUACACUGUCGCUUUCAGGUAGCCCACAGCUUUGUUGCAGUCACAUUACUCACUAAAUAAUUCAUGUAAGAUGCUGUAUUUGCCAAUUGAUGUAAAAGCAGUUCCCUUGUUUGUUUUCUA